GCCACUGGUUUUUUUUAAUAUAUAUACAGUAUUGGGUUUUAGCCAAAUCCACCAUUGGAGAGUACUUGAAAGAGAGAGAAUAUAGGAAGAGAAGAAAUGGGUUGGAGAGGAAUUUUGGGUUUUGAGUAUGGUAUAGUGCAGGGACCAUUGGGACCUGAUAUUUCUUCACCAGAGCUUGUUGCUGCUGUUGCUAAUGCUGGUGGACUUGGCUUCCUUCGAGCCCCUGAUUGGGAGUCACCAGAAUACUUGCGGGAGUUAAUAAGGAAAACUCGAACCUUAACUGACAAACCAUUUGGGGUUGGUGUUGUUCUGGCAUUUCCUCAUGAGGAAAAUAUAAAGGCUAUACUGGAUGAGAAGGUAGCAGUCUUGCAAAUUUCCUGGGGUGAAUGUUCCAAGGAGCUUGUACUUGAAGCUCAUCGUGCUGGGGUCAAGGUUGUUCCCCAAAUUGGGAGUGUAGAACAAGCAAAAGAAGCAAUUGAGGCUGGUGUGGAUGCAAUUAUUGUCCAAGGGCUUGAAGCAGGAGGGCAUGUACUUGGGAAGGAAGGUUUGAUAUCAUUUUUGCCAAGGGUAGUUGAUCUUGUUGGUGAUAAAGACAUACCUGUGAUCGCUUCUGGUGGUAUUGUGGAUGCACGUGGUUAUGUCGCUGCACUGGCCCUUGGUGCUCAAGGGGUUUGCCUAGGCACCAGGUUUGUUGCAACUUUGGAAAGCUUUGCUCAUCCUACAUACAAGAGGAAGUUAAUUGAACUUGACAAAACUGAGUACACCGAUGUAUUCGGCCGCGCAAGGUGGCCUGGUGCACCAGAACGUGUUCUGCAAACGCCUUUCUUCAAUGAUUGGAAAUCCCUUCCUCCUCUUGAGAAUGAACUCAAUCAGCCUGUUAUUGGUCGUUCAACAAUACAUGGCGUGGAAAAAGAAGUUAAACGUUUUGCCGGUACUGUUCCAAAUUCGACAACCAGAGGUGAUAUUGAAAGCAUGGCAAUGUAUGCUGGCGAAGGUGUGGGCCUUAUCAAGGAAAUAUUACCUGCAGGUGAAGUUGUCCAAAGACUGGUUGAAGGAGCUCAGCAUCUGAUCCAGCAAAAAUUGAGUGGCAUAUGACCCAAGGUAAAACUAGAUAGCCAAAUGGCUUCUAAAUGUGGUUGAUUUUGCAACUCGAUUACUGUAGAAAAGGUCUGAAUUUUGCCAUAUUCAGAGACUAUAGAAGAGCGGAUCAUUGGCAAUUUUCUGUUCAUACCAUGUCUCUUGUUUGUGUGUGCAUGUGCAAAUGUUUGCAUCUCUGUGUAGCUUUCUCAAUAAAUUGUCUUGUAAGCAUUUGUAUCCUAAUGUAUGGAAAUAAGUUAAAGCAAUGGAGAAAAUAGUUAAGGAAA